AUGCAGCCGAUAAAGGGCGUCGUCUCAGACCGGAGCCUACAAGCUCUGUUGACAUGGCUCUAUUUUGGUCAAGCCUUCAUCAGUAACACAGAACCUCAACAACAGAUCACUGAAGUUAUUGAGCUUACCCGACUAUUGGACAUGUGUCUUAUGAGGGGCACUGAUCUUAUCAUGGUCGAAAUUAUCCGCCAGCUGAUCUUCAUGAAUCCUGACUUGCAAUACAAGUCCAAGCUGAUAACCAAUGAGCACUUGUUUUCGGUAUCACGGUUGCCUCGCAGGAAUGCGGACCCUUCGUAUGACGCUACCGGUGAUCUUAUGAUUGAGCGGCAGCCUGGGAAGAUUUGA